CGGCGCAGGCGGGCGCGCGGGCAGCUCGCGGGCACCCGGCCGGCCGGCGCGGGAGCGGGAAAGGGUGCGCUAUGCCUUUAACGCCCGCGUACAGUAGACAGUAUAGUGGAGUGUAGGGAAACUCUAGGCGGGGUUAAAGUUCAGCGCGUGGAGCGGCAAGAGCGCUGGCUGCUGCAGUUGAGCCGAGUUGGAAAUGUGAACGCAAGAAUCAGGCUUGAUUUUUUUUUCCUCCCCCCCUCUCCUAGCUCUCUCCUCCUCUCUCUCUCUCUCUCUCUCUCUCUCUCUCCCUCUCGCACCCACACUCACGCACACCUCCAGCCCGCACACAGACGUGCACGCACCCCCCGCCGCCCGGCAGUUAUGUAUUCUCCGCUCUGUCUCACCCAGGAUGAGUUCCAUCCUUUUAUUGAAGCCCUUCUGCCUCACGUCCGCGCCUUCGCCUACACAUGGUUCAACCUGCAGGCCCGAAAGCGAAAAUACUUCAAAAAGCACGAGAAGCGCAUGUCGAAAGAAGAGGAGAGGGCUGUGAAGGAUGAACUGCUAAGUGAGAAGCCCGAAGUCAAGCAGAAGUGGGCUUCCAGACUUCUGGCCAAGUUACGGAAAGACAUCCGACCUGAGUACCGAGAGGAUUUUGUUCUUACAGUCACAGGGAAAAAACCUCCAUGCUGUGUUCUUUCCAACCCAGACCAGAAAGGCAAGAUGCGGAGAAUUGACUGCCUCCGCCAGGCAGAUAAAGUGUGGAGGUUGGACCUCGUCAUGGUGAUCUUGUUCAAAGGUAUUCCGCUGGAAAGUACUGAUGGCGAGCGCCUUGUAAAGUCCCCGCAGUGCUCCAAUCCAGGGCUCUGUGUCCAGCCCCAUCACAUAGGAGUUUCUGUUAAGGAACUCGACUUAUACUUGGCAUACUUUGUGCACGCAGCAGAUUCAAGUCAAUCUGAAAGUCCCAGCCAGCCAAGUGAUGCUGACGUCAAGGACCAGCCAGAAAAUGGACAUUUGGGCUUCCAGGACAGUUUUGUCACAUCAGGUGUUUUCAGUGUGACCGAGCUAGUAAGAGUGUCACAAACACCAAUAGCUGCAGGAACCGGACCCAAUUUUUCUCUCUCUGAUUUGGAAAGUUCUUCAUACUACAGCAUGAGUCCAGGAGCAAUGAGGAGGUCUCUACCCAGCACAUCCUCUACCAGCUCUACAAAGCGCCUCAAGUCUGUGGAGGAUGAAAUGGACAGCCCUGGUGAAGAACCAUUUUACACAGGCCAAGGGCGCUCCCCGGGGAGUGGCAGUCAGUCCAGUGGAUGGCACGAAGUGGAGCCAGGCAUGCCAUCUCCAACCACACUGAAGAAGUCUGAGAAGUCCGGUUUCAGCAGCCCCUCCCCUUCGCAGACCUCCUCCCUGGGAACAGCAUUCACACAGCAUCACCGACCUGUCAUUACAGGACCCAGAGCAAGUCCACACGCGACCCCAUCGACUCUCCACUUUCCAACAUCACCCAUCAUCCAGCAACCUGGGCCUUACUUCUCACACCCAGCCAUCCGCUACCACCCUCAGGAGACGCUGAAAGAAUUCGUCCAGCUUGUCUGUCCUGAUGCCGGUCAGCAAGCUGGACAGGUGGGCUUCCUCAAUCCCAAUGGAAGCAGUCAAGGCAAGGUGCACAACCCAUUCCUCCCCACCCCAAUGUUGCCGCCACCGCCGCCACCACCAAUGGCCAGGCCUGUGCCUCUGCCCAUGCCAGACACCAAGCCUCCAACCACAUCAACAGAAGGAGGUGCAGCCUCCCCCACCUCACCAACCUACUCGACACCCAGCACCUCCCCCGCAAACCGAUUCGUCAGUGUUGGACCACGGGAUCCAAGCUUUGUAAAUAUCCCUCAACAGACACAGUCCUGGUACCUGGGAUAAAAGUUGCAGCGUCCCACCAUCCACCAGACAGACCACCUGACCCCUUCUCAACUCUGUAACAUGGACGCAACCUCAACCCAGCGCAGUUACAACUUCACUGUCAGUGGAAGGGGAGAAAAACCGACUCAGAUCAACUUGGACAUGGAAACAGCAAGCAUCAUGGUCAAACAGCAAAGGCCAUAACCUUUCGGGAAUUUUUUUUAAUACUUUAGGGACUGUCGUAAUUUCUCAUAUGGUGCUGGAAAUGGUUGGGCUGUGUGACAUUUGAAGUGUUUCAGUGGUGGUGUGAGCAUUGGGGGAAGUGGCUGGUACAGGAGACUUGCUCACUAACUAACUUCCUGUUGUAACACACUUCCCUUGCGAGCCUGGCCUUUUCACAGUAUUUCACGAAUUUGCCCACACAGGUGUGACCCUCCCUGAGCAUUCGGAGGCGCCUGGAGAAUGAAAUCUUUUGUAGUAGCUGAGAUCUGUGAUCUGUAACUUACAGGACACUCAAAGGGCAAUGGUUUUUUUUUGUUUUUGUUUUUGUUUUUUUGUUUUUUUCUGUAACAUAUUAGAAAAAGAAAAUGCAGUUGCGUUGAUCUUUCUUUUCGUUUGGUUUGGUUCAGCAGUCAGCAGUUACAUACACACACAGCCCGCAAGGACAGUGAACCCACUCAUGUUGCAGAACAAUUCCAAAAAGACGGCAAAGACUACUACUCUCAGUUGUUGGUUUUUUUUUUAAGUUUUGAAAUGCUGCACUUACAUUAAAAAAAUUUUUUCAACAAUUUCAACAAUGACACAAAAAUUCACAUGGAAAUGGGGGAGAUGGUCUGUUUUAACAGAAACUGACAGGAAUCAAAACAAUCGAAUUUUGAAUUGAGUGAAGUGCAAUUUCAUUGGAUAGCUAAGUAUCUUUGUAAGAUAGAGAUUGUUGAAAAUUCUAUUUUUGUUUUUCAAGUCCUUCCACCCCAGGACUCUAAAUUAUUGGGGUAAAAAACAGCCUUGCAAGAAAAAGGGGAGCUAUUUUUGCUUUUUAUGUUUUUUAUUAUUAAACUUGUAUCCCUUUAAAAAAAACUGAAGGAAAAUUAAAAAAAAACAAAAAAAUACAAAUCUAAUGGUGCUUUUACCACAAUAUGUUAACUACAUUAAAUGCUAAUUAAUUAUUUUCUGUUAUCAAAGCACAUAACUCAAAUGAAAUCAUGGUAUCUGUUAAUUUUAUAAACUAGAAAUCACUAUAAUGAAUUAUGCCAAUUCUGGAAAUUUUUACAUGUGUAUGACAACACCAGAUCUAUCAGUUAUCAUACGCCUCAUUGUACCAGACAUUGUCCAGAAGUUUCAAAGACCCUUUGCAAACCCUGAACUGGGCUAUGGGAAAAUUAAUACUAACAACACCGAUAGGGACACAACUGCUGGUGCCCAUUCCGAUCAAGGGCACUCGUUAGGGAAAACGAAAAAAAAGUUCACACCCUCCCCCUUCAAAUGUCUUGUAUCUUAUGUUUAAAAAAAAAAGACAAAAAAAAACAAAAACUCAAAAAAGAGCAAAAAAAAAAGCAGAAACAAACAAACAAACAAAAAAAAAUGCAAGUGAUUUUUCUACCAGACAGCGAAGCACCCCCUUGCUUCCCACGCAACUUCAAGGUUUCCUUACUAUACAUAUAUAUGUGUUCUGGUUGGCAGACCGUGCUGACCAGAGGAAGUCUCUGCAUGUUCUAGUGUUAGUAACUAAUUUUUAUAUAGCUAAUGUAGGAUAAAGUAGAGUGCAUUAAGACAAUAUUGUAACCCACUCUAGGCGCUUGCCUUUAAACUGUCUCAGCCCUUCAGAAGGGCUCAACUACUGUCCUAUACAAUCAAGUAACUGAAAUUCUUGGGAAGACACUUUGCUCCUCAUCUUUACCCCCAAACGAUGUUGUUUUGUUUUUAUUUUUUUCCUUAAUUUGCACGAAAACAAAAAUUCCAUAUCAAUGUGCCUUGCCCUGGAUAGUGAUUAUUUGUGGAAUUGUUGCACAUGCUCCUCUAUUGAAGGGGUUUUCCCUACUCAAGCAUUCGGAGACACUUUUUGUAAAUGUUAACGUUUAUGUCAGCCAUCGUCAGUUUCAAUAUCUAGAUCUAAAUAGAAAGUUAGCUGUUCUGCAGACAGGCGUAGUCUUGACUGUCCUGUGUGGUCAGUGGCAGUGCUGUUCUGAGCUCUGUAGAUGCUUACAAUAUCAGUAUUUGGGAUGUUGCUGCGUUUUUUCAAUUUGUUUGGAGUCUUCCUUUAUUUUCCCCCAGAUAUAUGAAAAUAUGCAAUACCUGCUUAUAUCAUGUAGAAGAGCUUAGCAAUUAUUAAUUUUUCUUUUUUUUUUAUUUGACCAAAGUCAGUGCUGCACUUGACGCAGUGUUUUAGGUGUCUGUCUUUGUAUUUUCUGUGGUUUUUGAUGCACGUGCGCAGGAAGGGCUCCUCUUAGAGAAGCAGUCAAACUGUGAAGCACUAAGCUGACCCUGCUUGAAGCAAUUUUGUUUUUACAACUGUUCCUUUCACAAGCAAGCCUUAAAAAAAAAAGACAACUUCCUUUCUCUUCAGCCCCCACACCCACUUUUCUGAGCAGACAGCAGUCAAUCCACAUUCAAUAAAAAGUACAUAAUGCCCAUUUUUAUAUGCACGUUUUUAAACUUCCAAGUUCUGAAAAUUGUUUACUGGUUAUCUCUAUUUAAGGAAAAAAAAUAAAAUAAAACAUUUUGGAUUUUCAUAUGUGUCUGAUAAGUGGUUGAAUAGUCGCUUGGCGCUGUUGUAUGGUGUGAUUGUCAGUGUACCGUGUCACUUCCCAUAGCCAGCAGCAUACUUUGCCUUCCGCAUAGCACUUAGCUGGGCAUUACUUUAUUAUGACAUAUGUGCACUAAAAAGAGAGAGAAAGAGAGAAAAAUAGCAGCUUUCAGUGCUUCACAGUGAAGGGAAAAAAGCCUAGACAAACAUUUUGUCAGAACCUUGCAAAAUGCCAAGGUAUUACCAGUAAAUUGGUUGUAUAUACAAUAAAAUUGCACCCUUUUUUAAACAAAACAAACUAAGCAAUAGUUUGGGCAGUUUUAGUUGUUUUUAGUGAGCAUGUUGUAGUCACGACUGCAAAGAGAGAGGAUAAACUGCCCACUCAGAAGAUAUGUAAUUUGUAUCGUUGUAUAGUUUUAUUGAUUACACUGAUUUAUUCUACCCUAUUUUAUAAUGCAGGACUUUUGUAAUGUUGUCUAAAUGAGGAAAAAUUUCUGUCAAAUUAGCCUAGUGAAAUUUCUGAUUGUUCAUUAUAAAGGCAGCGUUCAUAGAAUUGCUUUUUGUUUCUUUUCAACCCACUUUGGGAACUGGAUUUAAGUUUAAAACUUUCCUGUUUCCUUUUUGCUUGUUUGUUUGGUUUUUUGUAAGUAUUUAAAUACAGUUAUUUUUCUGCCAAUGGUAUAGCAUAUUCCUAUGCUUGAGAAGUGUAGGUCUACUGAAAAACCAUUGCAAAAUGGACGUUACAGGUGUGCUGUAUUUUUGAAGGUGUUUUGUUGUUUAAAUUUGAUGAAGCUAAAAUUAGGGAACUCUGGACAGAAUUGCAGGAAAGAAAAUGUUUUAAAGGCUCUAACCCAUUGUGGAGGCAGCGCAGGGGGGUAGAAAACAAGGGUUCAGUAGCACACACACCGCGUCCCAGUUCCGUUCACGCUUAUUGUCAAGAAAGUCACAGGAAACUACAGUCUGGUUGUCAUCAAGUAGGAAAAGCAAAACACCAACCAAUCCACGUGUUUUGCAUUUUAGGUUACAAGCUGAGUGAAGUUGCUUGAGGAGGACUUUACUACAAGGGUGUAGAGACAGACAGACAGACAGACAGACAGACAGACAGACAGACAGACAGACAGACUCACUCAAGAGCUACCAGCAUUUGAAGGCCCAGCCUUGAUUCUGAGAAAUGUUGGAUUUUUUUUCCUCUCCCAUCAAAUGGCAUUAACACAAUUGGCAAAGGUGGUCCCUCAAAUGGCUCCCCCCAGUUUUUUUUCCUUUGGGAACUGAAGUCAGAGGCACAAACACUAACUCAACACCCUCCAAUAAACGCUUGCCCUUGGCCCCUCUCCUGGCCACCACAGCGCUCCUUUGCUAACUUCUCCCAGGCAGAAGUCCUCUCUGGUGCCGUUCUCCUCGCCCUCCAGCCCCUUUCUUCCCACUAAAGUGUAUCUCUUCAGCCCCCGGCAGGACGUCUAUUAGCUCACUCCCCACCCAGUGCCACCACCACCCAGAUGGCUCCCCCAGGCCCUCCAGGCUGCAUUCUCCAAGCUUUCCCUUUUCCUUUCCCGACAGUCCCAAGUGUGCAGGAUCCAAAUCUCUCGUCACACUGUGCUAUAUUCAGUCAGCCCACAGGAAUAUGCAAAACCCAUCUCAAAAUGUUUGUCUUCCACCUUCCCAAGUCUUUAUCCUCAUGUCCUUCAACCUCUACAGUGAUAUCGUGAGGUGUGUGCAAAGAAGCAUUUUCUCCUGCAAUCUUUUUAGUCUUUUGGUGGAGAGUGAUUUUUCAGAAUGUCAUUUGAUAGUCUUUAUGACAGAGCCUCUCCCCUAGUCUCUAUCACUCCGUCCCUUGUCCUUUACUCCUUCUCUCUCCUCCUCUCUCUUUCUCUCUGUGUGUCUCUGUCUUCCUGGUUUUCCUUUGCUUCUUGUUUCUCUCCGGUUUCUGGUAGCAGGCCUCCAUUGAACAGGUGUAAAACACGAGAAGUGUGGUCAGUGAGGAGAGCUUGGUGGUGCCUCCCAGCCUACCCGCCAGACCUUCCUAGACAGUCCCAGAGGCUGCUCCGCCCUUCGGGCAUGGCUUUCACUUCCAUGGGCUUCUGAGGCCACUUUGUCUUGACGUCGAUGCAUGCACUUACUGUUUGACAGUGAUCCUCCCCUGCCUUCUCCACGUCCAAGGCUGUGCAUUCGUCUAAUUAGUGUCAUGGAUGUUUUCCCUUUAUUUUUUCCAAUAAAAAAAGCAGUGGGAUGAAAAUUGCUUUGAUAUAUAGCAGGUAUAUUGAAGCUAUUCCAUAGCACUUAACUGUAGUGAAUACUGUGUCACCAGUUCUGAAAUCAAUUUAAUGUUUAAUGCAAAUCCAUUACAUGGUGCUAUUACAGGCUGACAAAAUGAUUUACACAAAUGUGACAACUUGGGCUCAAUUCACUCUGCUUCCCAACAGUGUAAAUGCAUAGCAGUGUUUAUCUGCAUGAGAACUAUGCACUAAUCUAUCCGAAGAAAAAGAAAACUAUAUCAACUUUGGUAUCUACUUUCCGUUUACUUCAAUCCUUGCCUUUUUGGUCAUUGUUAUAAUGCCAGCUUUAGGACAGAAAGAAUUAUAAGAAAACCAGCAUAAUACCUGAUAUAUUAAAAUGUAGUGCCUGUGAAAUCUGUAUUAUACUGCUCUUCUGAAGUAAGAUUUUCUACACCGGUAGCCUUCGCUGUCUGUCAGUCAGGACCUCUGGUAUAGGUGAUGUAAAAUAACCGUACAAUAUUAUGCAUGCUAUUCCAUAAUGCUUAGUGAACUGUAUGACUAUUACUCCAAGUUCUGUUAGUCUUUUUUUCUGCCUCGGUUCUUGUCAGCUAGGUUUGAGGUAUUUCACUGAGAACGCGAACUCUGUCUUCCUUCCGGCUGUCUUCAGGAUCUUGGAGGUGUACACUUACUUAAAUUCAGUAUUAUGUGUGUUUUGUUUUCAUUUUUGUUGUUUUAUUGUUUCUCCUAAGGGACAAGCAUGGGUGUUUGAUUUCAGAAAUCAGUAUCUAAUGAGAUUUUUGUCUCAAAACUACCGUUUGAAUUUCAAGAACUCUGCUGCAAAACCACUCUGAGAACAUUUCCAAGUGAGACUCACUUUCUUGACCCUCAGCAGAAGCUAGGAGACACUGAAGCAUCUUAACGGACAUGUGCCCAUGCUUGAUCCGUCUCACACCAGACUUCCUCGUAUUAAAAAGAAAACAAACGUAAGAAAUCACGUGGCUAUUUAGUUACAUGCACAGAUGCAAUAUUUUCUUCAAAACUAUAACUCUGUACAAACUUUGGGCCCGAUUCAUAAGAAAGAAGUUUGCUAUUAACACGGGAUUUUAAAAAGAUGCGCUCUCUCUCUCUCUCUCUCUCUCUCUCUCUCUCUCUCUCUCUCUCUCUCUCUCUCUCUCUCUCUCUCUCUCUCUCUCUCUCUGGUCUAAAUUUGUAACUACUUGCUUCCCAAAUUGAAUAUAUUUUUUUUAAUUUUCCUCCUGAACAAGCACCCAUUUGCUUUCCAUUCUCCAAAGGGUUGAUCGCAUUAAGCCAGUCAUCAAGUUAAAGGGAUAAGAUAUGGGGAAUAGACCCCAGCAAAGCCCAGAAGGCAAAGAGAGAACUCUAACAUGGGGAUAGAGCACACAGAGGACACCUGCUCUGUGUGUCAGGCAACCUACAUGUGGACUCACCAUGCUGUGUGGGUCGAAACACAAACUCUGUAAAAUGUGUCUGGACCACAAAAGGACACAGGAGAAGUGCUGCCUGUGAUCUCACUAGAGCAAGUUCCUGUCAGAGAGUAUCACAGACUUUAAAAUGUGAAGUUUCUUGUCUCUGCAAUGGUUUCAAAGGCAAGUGGUGGCCAAGGAAUAGGCCAUUCUUCCUGCUGCUCAACCCUCAGCUUCUCAGAAAACCUAAAGCUGGUUUUUUAAUGAUUUUUCUUGGUAAUGGUCUGUAAAUUUGCCUUUUUUUAAUCUGUUGGCAUCCUUAACUAGAGGUCUUAGGUCACUGGCCAUGUUAGGAUGCAGGUGUGAGGGAGCUGCUGGCUGUCUUCUCCCUCAGGCCACUGUGUCUCUACCGGACGCAGCAGCCUUGCUACUGAGAUGCCAGCCAGACUAGACGUGGAGUGCCAGCAGGUCCCACUAAGCCCUUAGGAAGACGGUCAAGGCUAAGUCCAUGCUUCCUCUUUGCCCCUCCCACUAACCUUUCCCAUCACACAUGAAAACCUGUCUGCUCAGAGUGCCUCUGAUUUUCAUUUCAAAUUGUGGGGGGAAGAAUUAAAUACUUGGAAUUAUGGAGAAAGAGACCUAUUGUGAAACAAAACGCCCCGUGUUAAUAACUUGGUCUGAAAUUGUUUUUAUGAGCCGGGCCCCCCCCUGUGCCUCUAGCAUAUUUGUAUUGACUCUCAUAGUUACCCUUUUCGUUUACUGUGUUCUGUGAAAACUUGUAAUUGGUUGAGAAUCACUGUGGGUGUCCAUUCUUAUCAACUAAAUCUCCACAGGGUUUUUGAGCUGGUGUGGAUUAGUUUAACUCUUGUAUUCAACCGUUAGUGCUAUCACCUUCUCACAUUACAAUACAAUUACUGGAAGCAAGUACUGCAUUUCCUAUGCAACAAAAAGGAAAAAUAAAAAAUUGCUAAUGCUA